AUGAGCAGCAGCCGCUGCAAGCGCCAUGCCAAGACGCCGCCGACGAUCAUCGACCUCGACCAUGUCCUCAUCGCCAUCGCCCAGUGCAUCCCUGUCGCCAACGACGUCAUGGCCUUCCUUGCUGCGCUCCCGGCCUCGUCGCGCAGCCGCCCGCUGACCGCGCUCUACCAGCUGCUGCAAGACCCCCGACGUCAUGUUCUGGCACAUGUGCAGAAGCCUCUGGACGCACUCUGGCCUCUGCUGCGCCUGGAUCGGAUCACACCUGCAGCCACGAGUCUGGUGCGCGACGCGAUGCCAGUCAUUCCGAGUGCUAGUGCAGGUACCUUGAGCGCCGCACGACCCAGCGACCUCGACGCCUUGGAGUGGCUUGAGCUGUGGAGCACCAAGCUCACACACUACAAGCACGUGGAAGACGACGCCGUCUACGACCGUUCCCAACUCUGCAGCGUCUUGCGCCAAUGCCACAAGCUCCAGGUCGUCGACACGAGCAGUGCGAUCGACGUCCCGUCGUCCAUAGCGUUCUUCGAGGCCGUCGCGACGCCUCUGCACGGCGCCCGGCCUCUCGCGAUCACUAGCUCGCAGCCCGCAGCGAUCGUCGACUUCAUCUUGUUGUCGACGCCCGACUGGAUCCGUCGCGGCGCGUUGAAGAUCGUGUUCUUCGCGCACUACGAAAUCCUGGACGCGCAAGCGCUGGUGCUGGCGGCAGCGCUGCCUCGUACGACGAGCCCGCUUGGCGUCGUGCUUGAAAUCAAAAACGCUCGGUUGUCCCUGCAGAGCUACUUGGCACUGGGCGAAGCUCUAACAACGUGCCGUCGCGUCGCGAUCGAGCUGCCAUCGACUCGAAGCAAAAAGUUCCGAGCCGAGGCGGCCAAGCGUCACAUCCGGUACCACUACGGUCGCACGACCGAGCGCACUCGCUGUCUCGUGCUCGAGAGUCCCAUGGACGGUGCCUAG